GCCGGAAGUUCUUGUGAACAACAUGUUGAAACAGGUCGCUUCCGUUUAUUUGGGGGCGUCUCGAUAGUCCGAAGGUUCAUUGGUCCGAAGGGUGACCUCUUUCCCUCCUGCGACUUGACAUUUUGAAAUGGCGGGAAUGAAAAGGAGCCUUUUUGCUGAAGUUGUUGAUGGAUAUUUUCUUCCAAGUCGUGAAGAUUGUGAGAAUAAGGACGAAGAUGAAGAAGUUGAAGAAGGAGAAGCGGACGACGACAUUCAUAUGCUUGACAUGGACGAAAUGGAAACUGUCGAAAAUGGUGGAAACUUAGCCAGAUCUCAGCCUGUGGCCGAAAAAACGGUUUUAUUCAAAGUUUUCAAAGGUGGAAAAGAAAUCAAUAUAUGUGGCAAAUUCUUGAUGACAGAUCCUUGGUGGGCUGCAACUGUGCGUUUGAAAACAACAAGAAGGAAGGGUUUACGUUUUAUGGCAGGUAAUCCUGAGUACAGACUGAGAGAUGAUCCAGGUGUGAAGACACAGAACUUAGUGUAUCUUUUUCUCACCAACGCCAUGACUGGUGCUGACAAACAGCAUGUGGAUGCUUUUUUUGAGCAAAUAAAGUCAUGGGGAGAGGUAGUCUCAUUUCAAAACAUGCUAGAACUCCUUGAAAGGUUUAAGUUAGCCAUUCCAUCAAAUGAUGAGAGGAGUGGGAUGGCCGAGAAUAUAAUCUCUCACUUGCAGAGCUCUGAGAGUGGUGGAACUGUAUAUAAAUACCUUACACAGAAUUUACAAGACUUCUUCAGAUGGAUUCCACAGUUGCUUCCAAGACAUUUUCUGCAUUUUCUCCAAGAUGGUGAUAAAGACGGAAAAAGAAGAUUUCAAAAUACGAUUUGUCAGGAAUUUAAUAAAGCACUUACAAAGGAGCCAUGGGUUUUUGGAUUCAGUCCAGUCUUGAGGUACAAGUUCAGUGUGGUUGGCUGUGAAGCUACUCUCCAAUCAUAUAAGGCAUGCGGAAUCUUUGAUAAACUGAGUCCUCUUCAUCAAGAUGCCCUGUACAUUUAUGACAUGUUAAAGAAAGAGAGCCGAGGAAAGGGACAUACCUUCCUGUAUGAAAACUCUAUUACUCCGAAAAAGUUGGAUGACCAUAAAGUGACCAACUACCGCAAAGCAUUCCAGUUUCUGGUGGAUAAUUACAUAAUAGUACGAGAAAACGGCAGAGUCUAUUUGAGGUACUUGUGGAAAGCGGAGGAGGAAAUCAAGCGAGGGAUAGGUACCAUGCUGACAUGUGAGCCAUGGACCUUUGACAUUGAUUUUGACAGGCCUGAGUUUCAGCAAAUAGCUCAGGAUGAGGAUCAGAAGCUUGCUGCACAGGUCAUCAGUCAGAAUGCCGUAACUGUUUUGUCAGGUAAAGGUGGCUGUGGGAAGACAACUGUUGUCAGCUCUGUGUUUAGACAUGCACAAAAACUAGAUAACAAAACUGAAGACCAGGGAUUUGAGAGAGAAGAAAUUACACCAUUUAACGAAGAGAAAGAUAUGAUGAAUGAUGUACAAUUGGAAUUCAGUGGAACCAUGGAUAUGCCAGAGAAUCAAGAAUUUGGAGAAAAACAAAAGUUGAAAACAGACAUUACAGUGCUGCUCACUGCUCCCACUGGCAAGGCAGCCAAUAUUCUUGGCCGGCGUUCUCAGCUGCCCUCCUUUACUUUGCACCAGGUGCUCUGGAGCUGGAGGAUGCACCUCAAAAAGGUAAAAAAUUCAAAUGAAGAAGAUCCUGAAUGGAAGUUCAAGCAUGUCAAAGCAGUGGUAGUGGAUGAGUCCAGCUUGGUUUCUGUCUGUCUUUUCAACAAUAUGUUUCAACUUCUACUUCAACAUGCAGAUCUCAAAAAGUUGGUUGUGCUUGGUGAUGUGAAUCAGUUGCCUUCUAUUGACCCCGGGAACUUUCUAUCUGAUUUGUAUGAUUCUUUACAUGAUAGUGGAUGCAGCAUAUUGUUAAAACAGAACCACAGGAGUGAAUCCAAGGCAAUAGUUGAGAAUGCAGAAAGAAUAUCUAAGUUGGAGGUCCCACUGUUUAACAAAGAGGAUAAGUUCUUUGAGGUCACAAUACCAGAAAAUGAUGAUGGACCAGGCAUUGAUGGUGCAGUAAGGAGUUUGUUAAGUGGCCAGGAUCCGUGCAUAGGAACUGUAGAAAACUCCCAGUUUGUAGCAUUUAGAAAUAAAGAUUGUGAGCGCAUCAAUGAGAUCUGCUGCCUCCAUUACGUUGGUCAUAGUAUCAAGGAUCCAAGAGGCAGAUUCGACUUUCGGCCAGGAGACAAAGUAUGCUGCAGAAAGAAUGGAAGUGUCACAGAUCACUCCCAAAAAGAAAAAGUACAAAGGAGAUUGAAAAGGAGGAAAAUUGCAGCUAGGGAAUGCAGUGCCAUGCCUUUUGGAAGUACUUUUGAUGAAACAGAGAAUGAAACAAAUGCAGGUGCAGCAGUUUCCCAGGAAAAUGACUCAGAAACUGAGGACGAAGAUGAUGCUAUUGAGCUGAAGCCUAGGCUAUGCAACGGGGAGGUGUUUUUUAUUGAAGAUGAUAUCACUGUGGAAACAUUGAACAACAAACAAAGAUUCCUGGUCCUGGAUGACCGAGAUCCAGACCAUCGGCGUAUCAUAAAAGUUUGCUACAGGGAGGUGAUGAGUCAGUGUAAGCUGAGACAUGCCUGGGCACGGACUAUUCACACCUAUCAGGGUUCAGAAUCAGAGACUGUCACCUAUGUGGUGGGUAAAGCCUAUGGCCAGAACUGGAAGCAUGUGUACACGGCAGUGACACGGGGCAGGAAACAGGUGAUCAUUCUGUCCGAGAAAUCCCAGCUUAAGGCCGCAGUAGGAACAGUGGCAAGGAAGAGGAACACAAGUCUGUAUGAGAGGCUGACCAAGCUCAUUGGAGAAUUGAAGAAGAAAAGGAGGAUGCAAGGCCCAUCACUGAAACCUGCUGUUCCUCAUGCAGUAGCUAAGCCUGAUGAAACAAUUAACCCAGCACUUCCAAGCAUCAGUAAGAAAGAAGAAUCUUUAGAUUUUGAAUACGCUCAAGCUGUAGACUCCUCUGAAGAAGAUGCUUUGGAAUUGUCGGUAUACUUUGAUGACAGUGGUUUGAUAAGAUUUAAUCAUACAACUGGCAUGAUUAACCAUCUUUCUUCUGAUGGCAAUCGUUGUCAAGAGAAACCAUUGCAAGACAUUCCUGACCUUCCAGUUUCUAACAUAACAGGUAAUAACCAAAUAGCUUCAGCAACGUCUUUCAAUGAGGCAGAAGUGCAUUCAUCAAGGUCUACUAUACCCAGAUCUGAUAAUGUGCAAGUUUCUUCCAAUACAAAAGUCAGCAAUGAGAGCCAAAGUUGGUCCGAGUGGAGUGAGACUUUCUUUGAAAAUGUCAUGACUGGUGAUGAAUUCCUUAUUCCAGACAAAGAGAAGGAAGACAGUUUAACCAAAGGGGGAAUUACACAAAACAAAGCAGAAGGAAGAAAGGAAACAGAUGUAAAUAGCACACCACAACAAGAAGACCAGAUUCCAACAGUUUCUGAAUAUUCAGUGAUAAAUGACUCAGAACUUUUCAGUGUUGCAGAGAGUAUGGAAACAGCUUUGGCAAAGGAUGACAAAUCAAAUUUAGAACUAGCCCGUCCUAUUGAAGAAAGUUCAGAGACAGAUGUACUCGAUCUUCCUUCCAUCAGUUCCCCACUGAAAAAUGAUUUUCUUAGAAGGCCUUGUGCCCAGAAAACAAGAGAGGUUGCCAGAUUGCCCCAUCAAACUACCAGCAUGAAAUCUCCAUUAGUUUCACCAAAACGGAAAGCCCAGCCCAGCUUUUCCACCCCAAGUACACCUAAUAAGAAACCUACAACAACAGCACUUUAUGAUGGGAUGUGUGACCACUGUAUGUCUCCCAUAAGAAAGGGAAUAGACAACAUAACAUUCCAUAAAACCCCUUACACACCGACUCAAGGUUUAAGCACAAGCUUUCAGAAAAAAUGGAUUCAUGUAGCAUGUGAUAUUUCUACUUCCUCAGAUGAACAGUAAACCAACAAAACUAUCAUUUGAGGAAGUUAGUUCUACAUGAAAAUCCCAAGUAAAAAAUACAUUUCAUAAAUUUCUGCAAAAUUUGCAUUUUAGUUUUUUUGGUUAACAUAGAUUCAUUUACAUUUUAGCUUACAAGUAAGAGCUUUCUAUUUCAUAUUCCCUUAGAAUGCUGUAGCAGUUGCUUUAUGAUAUGAUAAGAUGCAAAUUGUUCCAUAGCCAUCAAGAUGAAGGCAUCAUAGAUUUGGCAUUCUUGCAGCGUUUUAAGAAUCACAAUUGCUAAUCAUUUCCUAUGACCCCAAAGUAGCCAAAUAAAGGUGACUAGACUCAUCUGGUUUUACCCCAAAUAUACUGGAUUUGAUCAUUGGGUACAAUAGGUUUUACAAAUGACCAAGCUUGAAGUGAAAAUUGAGCCAUUGCUUUUCUUGCCAUGUUGCUUAUUGCAGUUCCCCACUUGAGCUUUUUUGAGGAAUCUUCAUUAAAAAUAUAUGAAGUAGAAAGUGUGAACUAGACUUUUAGUAAGCACAAUCAUACUUACAGUAGUCUUUUGUGCUGAAUCUCCCAAACUCUACAACUGUGAGACUGGAAGCUAUUGCACUGCCCCAAUUGGGAGCGAAAGAUAUGGCAUUUGUAUGUUAAAUUUGUACAUCAAACUUGUCAGACAUAUUGAAUUUCUUGGUGAAAACCAAAUGUUUUAUGGCACUGCUUACAAAAUAUAUCAUUGAAAUAAACCUAGUGGCAUACUUGCAGCACAAAUUCAGAAAGUUGAAUAUUUUUAAAGCAAGAGAUGAAUACAGCUGCUGUUAGAGUUAGAAAGGAAGCAGUGUCAUGGUGGAAAGUUCUAAAUUGAUGUCUGAAACUGAUUGAAAGCCAAUAUUUUUUUAACCUUUGCAGUCUUACUUUUCUAAAAUCUAUCCAUGAUAGAUAGCUAUUGGACAGUUCACAAUUAAUUUUGUCAAAACUAGCUAUUACGCACUUCACGGAACUCCCUGAAUGCAAUCAGAUUAACAGACUUGCAUGUCUCCUCUUGUCUCCAGUGUUCUCAUACGUAAUCCCUAAUCACCAACUUAAAUGAGCUAUAUUCUACUCCAUGCCAGGAGAAUUUCAUUGAGAGUCACCUAAACAGAACCCCAGGUAUGCAUAUUUACAUUUGUUGGUCCAUUAGGGUAUGUGAAAGGGAGCCAAGGCAAUGCCUUAUAGGAUAGUUAUGUUUUAGGAGCAGUUAAUGGCAAAAGAAUCUUUGAGUGAGAAUUUAUCAUUAAUUAUGAUUUGGUGAUUUAAGAAUGCAGAAAGAACUUUUAAUAAAUCAGUAUUAUAUUUUUAUCUGUUAUUUACAUUAAUUUGUCUACGUUUGCUUAACCAGUAUUUUUUA